AUGGUCCACGAUGAAGGAUAUCUGGUCGCAAGGAAACUUUUUAAGGAGAAUUAUGGUCAAAAUUAUAGAAUAGCUACGGCCUACUUACAACGAAUAAUGGAGGGACCCUUAAUCAGAGCUAAAGAUGGCGAAGCACUUCGAAGAUUCUCUGUAUUGCUUAUCAGCUGCAAAAACACACUUAAAGAAAUAGGUUAUCUCAACAAACUUGACAAUCUGGGUAGUUUGCAAAAUAUUAUCCGUAAAUUACCUUAUUCUAUCAGACAAAAAUGGUGUGACAUAGCAGACGAUAUAACAAGUAAUAAGAAAAGAGAGGUAACUUUCGAAGACAUCUCAAGAUUUGUCGAGGUGAAAGCGAGAGCAUUAAAUCAUCCUAUUUUCGGCAAGAUUAAUAAUGAUUCAAAAGUUAGAAUUGCUCAAGAUCCUAAAUUUCCUCGAGCUCGAUCAAACACGUCAUUUAGUGCGAACCAACUGCUAGAAGAGCUUGGUAUUUCUGGAGAGAAAACUAUUGUUUCACUCACUACCUUAAGGAAUGAAAACACUUUAACAGAAUGUCACGUUGUUGAAUUAGAAGUGUUUUAUUUAAAUGAAAUAAGCAUAAUUGAGCUUCCUACGUUGUUUUCUACAAAAAAGCUUCCAGUCGACGAGUCUAGCAUUCUAACGCAAGCAGACAUCGAUCGGUGA